GCAAGGCAAAGCCUCCACACCCCCACAGAACCAAAAAGAGACCAGUCAAGGCUAAGGUGAAUCCGAUUCUGUCAAAAGCGAGGCACAACUCCAGCUACAAAUUGUGCCAAUGCUGCCGGUAUCGGUCCCUGCUUCAACUACCCCGAAUGAUCACAGUCUCCUUCAGCUGUUCCCUCGAAUACCGUUUUAGUUGCCGAGCUGAUCGUGUGGGCAUCGAUGGUGAACCGCGCGCGUUUCGUCACCCUCGUCCUCGCCUACCGUCUCCUGGUACCGCUCCUCUCAGCUGAACCGGACCACACCAAAGAGUCGUAUGUCGUCUACAUGGGGAGCCCGUCGGGUGGCGGCGGCGGAGACCCGGAGGAGGUGCAGGCGACUCACCUGCAGAUGAUGUCGUCCAUCGUCCCGAGCGACGAGCAGGGGAGGGUGGCGCUGAGGCAGAGUUACUACCACGCCUUCGAGGGCUUCGCCGCCGAUCUCACUGAGAAGGAGGCCGCCGCACUCUCCGGGCACGAGAGGGUGGUGUCGGUGUUCCGGGACAGCCCGCUGCAGCUACACACGACACGCUCGUGGGACUUCCUCGAGGUGCAGUCGGGGCUCCGGUCCGGCCGCCUCGGCCGCCGGGCGUCCGGCGAUGUCAUCAUCGGCAUCGUGGAUACCGGUGUCUGGCCGGAGUCGCCAAGCUUUAACGACGCCGGGAUGCGGGAGGUGCCGACGCGGUGGCGCGGCGUGUGCAUGGAAGGCCCGGACUUCAAGAAGAGCAACUGCAACAAGAAACUCAUAGGCGCCCGGUACUACGGCGUCCAGCCCGAGUCGGCGUCAAACGCUUCCCGCGCUGGGGCGGCGCCGGCCGCGACCGGAUCUCCGCGCGACACCGUGGGCCAUGGCACACACACGGCGUCGACGGCGGCCGGCGCGGUCGUGGCGGACGCGGACUUCUACGGGCUCGCCCGGGGCGUGGCCAAAGGCGGCGCCCCCGCGAGCCGGGUGGCCGUGUACCGUGCGUGCUCGCUGGGCGGGUGCUCGGCGUCGGCCGUGCUCAAGGCCAUCGAUGACGCGGUGGGCGACGGCGUGGACGUGAUCUCCAUCUCCAUCGGCAUAAGCUCCGCGUUCCAGUCGGACUUCCUCAGCGACCCCAUCGCGCUGGGCGCGUUCCACGCGCACCAGCGCGGCGUGCUGGUGGUCUGCUCAGGCGGCAACGACGGGCCCAACCCCUACACCGUUGUCAACUCUGCGCCGUGGAUCCUCACCGUCGCCGCCUCCUCCAUCGACCGCGCCUUCCAGUCCAGCAUCGCUCUCGGCAACGGCACCAUCGUGAAGGGAGUGGCAAUAAACUUCUCCAACCAGAGCCUCAACGGCGGUCAGUACCCUCUAGUGUUUGGGCCCCAGGCGGCAGCCCACUAUGCGCCGGUCGCCGAGGCAAGCAACUGCUACCCUGGAUCGCUGGACGCGCAGAAGGUGGCCGGGAAGAUCGUGGCGUGCGUCGGCACGGACCCGAUGGUGUCGCGGCGGGUGAAGAAGCUGGUCGCCGAGGGGUCGGGCGCCAGGGGGCUGGUGCUCAUCGACGACGCCGAGAAGGACAUCCCGUUCGUCUCGGGCGGCUUCGCCUUCUCCCAAUUGGGCACCGACGCCGGGGCGCAGAUCCUCGAGUACAUCAGCUCCACAAAGAAUCCGACGGCUGUGAUCCUCCCGACCGAGGACGUCAAGGAUUUCAUGCCUGCGCCGGUGGUAGCGUCCUUCUCGGCGCGUGGCCCCGGCCUCACAGAGUCCAUCCUCAAGCCUGAUCUGAUGGCGCCCGGCGUCAGCAUCCUCGCCGCCACGAUCCCGUCCGGGGACAUUGGCGACGUCCCGCCUGGCAAGAAGCCCUCGGCCUUCGCCAUCAAGUCCGGCACCUCGAUGGCCUGCCCGCACGUCGCCGGCGCCGCCGCCUUCGUCAAGUCGGCGCACCCGGGCUGGACGCCGUCCAUGAUCAGAUCAGCUCUCAUGACCACAGCGACGACGACGAACAACCUCGGAAGGCCGCUGGCGAGCAGCACGGGCGCGGCGGCGACGGGUCACGACAUGGGCGCCGGGGAGAUGAGCCCGCUGCGGGCGCUCAGCCCGGGCCUGGUGUUCGACACCACCACGCAGGACUACCUCAACUUCCUCUGCUUCUACGGCUACAAGGAGCAGCUUGUCCGCAAGGUCUCGGGAACCGCGCGCUUCGCCUGCCCCGCGGGCGCGCCGUCGCCGGACCUCAUCGCGGCGGGCGUCAACUACCCGUCCAUCUCCGUGCCACGGCUCCUCAGGGGGAAACCCGUCACCGUGGCGCGCACUGCCAUGAACGUGGGGCCGUCGAACGCGACGUACGUGGCGGCCGUCGAGGCGCCCCUCGGCCUGACGGUACAGGUGUCCCCGGACCGGCUGGUGUUCUCGGGGAGGUGGACGACGGCGAGGUACGAGGUGAGCUUCGACGUCAGCGCCGGCGCGGGCGCGAGCAAGGGGUACGCGCACGGCGCCGUCACCUGGUCCGAUGGCGCGCACUCGGUCCGGACGCCGUUCGCGGUCAAUGUCAUCUGAUCUGAUUGAUUAUCGGUGUUUUGCUACUUUUUUUUGGUUUUGUUCCUUGGUUCACGUGUGUUUGGUUUAGGCUUCGAGUACAAGACUACCUAUUUGUAUGCCACGGAGCUC